AUGCGGGUGCUAAACCACGCUCCUUCGCCUCGGCAUCACGCCGCCCGCGCGCUGCAUGACGAAGGGAUCCAAGACUUCAUCCGCACGGUCGAGGCGGGCGCAAACUGGGUGCAAGGGACGCAGACGGGAGGGGGCCCUUCGAACCCGGUGUGGGAGCUCGCGAAGAAGCACAACGUCUCGCUCCGGUCGAGCCACUACUUUGGCAGCAUCUGUGAGUGCAGUUCCAACGUACGACCACGCGGCGCGGUCGACUACCACGACGUCUUCCAACGGUCGAUUGCGGAUUUCGACUCGCUCACUGCAAACGCUGGCACCCGUGUCCCGCACCACCUGGUCGACAUGACCGCUCGGAGCGGGUACUCGCUCUCCGGCGCGCGGCCCACGACCGCUCGCGCGAUGGCGGCCGAGUACUACCAGUUCGACUGGGAGUUCGGCGCGACGCCCGAGGAGACCUCGUGGCUCGGCUCAGCAUGGGCUCACAACAACACGUUUGAGACGUUCUCGCGCGAGAAUCUGCUCUCCGUCGACCCGCGCGGCUUCAAGACGCUCGUCCACGCCGAGGCCGCGACCUUCCUCCGCCCGGCACAGCUCCGGCUGAACGCGACCGUGGCCACGGUCCGCACCGACGCGCGUGGGGGCGGGGUAGAGGUCGUGCUCGCGGACGGGACGGCGCUGCGGGCGCGGUACGCGCUGUGCACGUUCAGCUUGGGCGUGCUGCAGCACGGCGACGUGCGCUUCGAGCCGCCGCUGCCCGCGUGGAAGCGCGAGGCGAUCCACAGCAUGUCGAUGGUGCGGUACGUACACAAGAUCUUCCUGCAGUUCCCGGAGAAGUUCUGGUUCGACACCGAGGUGCGCAACGGCGUGUACGCCGACCCCGAGCGCGGCCGGUACCCCGUCUGGCAGACGCUCGACCACCCCGGCGCGUUCUCCCGUCGGAUCGAGGGCAUGUCCGACGCGGCGGUGGAGGCGGAGGUGCUCGGCGAGCACCAGACGAACCUGCGCGCGGACGUCAGCGGGCGGCUGUGGUUCGCGGGGGAGGCGACGAGCAAGAAGUGGUUCGGUGAGUCUUCUGGCGUGCGCAUGAGGGAGGAGAAGCUGAUCGGUCGCAUCGCGCAGUGCGCGAAGGGGGAACGGUGUGCUGGGCUCGAGCACAUCGAGAUCGUGCGCAAUGCACUUCCGUAUGAUAUGGAGUGA